GUUUCAAAUAAAAAGAGAAAGUCAGAAAAUGCUAUCGUGAUUCAAGAGCAAGUUCCGGUUGCAGGUAUCAUUGUUGUUACUGCUGUCGUCAAUGUUGUUUGGUCGUUGGUCAUUUUGUUGUUGUUGUUUAUUUGUUUAUUUAUUAAACUUUGGCCGUUAACACGAACAUAAACUAGAUAAAUACGCACCCCGCUUGCCAACAAUUUUGGGAAAAGAAAUGUUAAUUAGUGGUUAAAGAAAUAUUAAUGAACCAGGUAAAAAUCGGGUAGAUUCGUUGUCGCUCCCCCCCCCCCCCCCUGCUGACAGUUUUAAUCAAGCCAUGUGUGCAAUUUGAAAUAGGAAGGAAAUGUCGCUAUAUUCGUGCUAGUGGCAAAAGGGUAGCAUCUUUAGCAUCUUUGAAAGGGUAAAGUCGACAGUAUGAUUGUGGCUAGGUUGUUGCUAUUAUUUUCAUGCCAUUGCAUUAUUUUAUUGAAUAUUUAUCCCAACUGUCAAUUUGAAUAUACUAUCCCAACUUAAGCGCUGUUUAUAUGUUAGCCAGGCUGGCCCGAUGAGCGUAACUGCUCGUUAAACAUGAUCUCACCGUGUCGUUCUAAAAUAGUAGAACCUAUUUGCAAGGCCCAUUGAAGGGGGUUUUUGGAUGUUAGGAUGUUAGGGUUUGUAAUCCAAGUGAGAAUAUAUACAUUUUAAGACCUAACCAGGAACGACAGCGAAAAAUGCAGCACAAGGUCCUCUGGUAGGAAUCGAACCUACAGCUAACUGUUGAAAUUGCGAACCGGCUUAUUUAAGCCUCUCAGGCAUGGUCUUGCUUUAUUUGUGUUUUUUUGUAGUGAGCGCAGAAUCGUGGAAAUGGGAAAAGACUUCGAUAGUUCAUCGAGAAAAGUUUAUCAAAUUGGGCGAGUAUAGAAAAACUCAUCCAGAAGACAUCAAGGAGGUUAACGGAGUACACGUUUGUUUCUCGAAUGAGUUUCUCAUUGGGAAGGGAAGUGAUGGCACUCGAGUUUAUGUAGGAUUGGAGAAAAGUGGUCACGAGAGGGCUGUAAAACGUUUGCUCAGAGAUGACGGCACUGGCUUAGCUGAACAAGAAAAGAAAGUCUUAAAAGAACUCAAUGAAACUAAGUCCAAUUAUGUGGUAAAAUAUUGGUUUUUAGACGAGCAAAGCGACAAGGAGUACUCAUUUUUAAUCUCCGAUUUAUGUGAGGAAACGUUGGAAAAUUUUGUUGCUCAUAGCAGUAUUGACGAUCUGGAAAAAAUAGCGCCAGAUAUCAUUCGGCAAGUUUUGACAGGAUUAGCUGAUCUUCACUGCGAACCAAUGCCCAUUUUGCAUCGGGAUUUAAAACCAUCCAACAUUUUGCGCAACGUCCACAAUAAAUGGUUACUGGCAGAUUUUGGUAUCAGCCGCAUUCUGACAAAAGGUGCUAGUACUCUUCCCAACACUGGCCAGAGAGGAACGGAAGAUUGGAUAGCCGUUGAGUCAUGUCCUUCCAAAAACAAGACUGGUGAUGGCAAACUACGCUACAAGAAAGAAUCCGAUAUUCAGGUAAGGUUUUCAGUUAUAAACAUAGGGCGUCACUAG